UAAACUUAUAAUCAAAUAUUCAACGAAUUGGAAACUUUUCUUGUUUUAAAUAGUAUAAUUUUGAAACAGUCAUGUCUGAAGAAACUAAUAGUAAAAAACGAAAGAUAUCUGAAGAUAAUGGCACUGAAUUACACGAACCCGCUUCGAAAACUAUGCACAUUCAGUGUCCUUACUUAGAUACCAUCAAUAGACAUGUCCUGGAUUUUGAUUUUGAGAAGCUCUGUUCAGUUUCGUUGACAAGGAUCAAUGUUUAUGCUUGUCUUGUAUGUGGCAAGUACUUCCAGGGAAGAGGUACAAAUACCCAUGCUUAUACCCAUUCAGUAGCAGAUGGCCAUCAUGUAUUCCUCAAUCUUCAUACACUGAAAUUCUACUGUCUCCCUGAUAAUUAUGAAGUUAUUGAUUCAUCUCUUAAUGACAUCAAGUAUGUUUUGAACCCAAUCUUCACACCAGACCAGAUAAAGCAACUGGAUUACAACACCAAGAUGUCCAGAGCUAUUGACAGUACAAUGUAUAUGCCAGGAAUAGUUGGACUUAAUAAUAUAAAGGCCAAUGAUUACUGCAAUGUUAUUCUGCAGUGUCUUUCGCAAGUACGACCUCUACGUAACUACUUCUUACGUGAAGAAAAUUAUGCUAAUGUAAAACGACCUCCAGGCGACUCCUCAUUCCUGCUUGUGCAAAGGUUCGGCGAGCUUCUUCGAAAGUUAUGGAACCCGCGAGCCUUCAAAGCCCAUGUUUCACCUCACGAAAUGUUGCAAGCAGUUGUCUUGUGGUCAAAAAAGAGAUUCCAGUUUAUCAAACAGAGUGAUCCAAUCGACUUUUUGUCAUGGUUCCUAAAUUCGUUGCACAUGGCUCUAAAUGGAACAAAGAAACCAAACAGUUCUAUUAUAUACAAAUCCUUCCUGGGUCACAUGAGGAUAUACACCAGAAAGCUACCACCAACGGAUGCAGAUGACGCUGCAAAAGUGGACUUGAACAGCGAGGAGUACAGUGAAAUGAUUACAGAGUCUCCUUUCCUAUAUCUGACAUGUGACCUGCCCCCGACACCACUCUUUACUGAUGAAUUUAGAGAAAAUAUAAUCCCACAGGUGAACCUUUACCAACUACUUUCUAAGUUCAAUGGGCAGACAUCAAAAGAGUACAAAACUUAUAAAGAGAAUUUCCUAAAAAGGUUUGAGAUCACACAGUUGCCACCUUAUUUGAUUUUAUACAUCAAGAGGUUUACGAAAAAUACCUUCUUUGUAGAGAAGAAUCCAACUGUUGUAAACUUCCCUGUUAAAAAUGUUGACUUUGGUGACAUAUUAACACCAGAAAUAAAGGCGAAACACAAUGGAAAGACCAUCUAUGAAUUAGUUGGCAACAUUGUACAUGAUGGCACACCAGAGAAGGGAACCUACAGAGCACAUGUUCUUCAUAAACCUACACAGCAGUGGUAUGAAAUGCAAGACCUUCAUGUGACCAGUAUACUACCUCAAAUGAUUACCCUCACAGAGGCAUACAUUCAGAUUUAUGAACUAAAGCAGGACUGAGUUUAAUAUUUUAGGCAAU